AUUCUUUUAUGCUGUAGGAAGAAGUAAAACCCUAAACCCUGAAGUUGUACGAUAUCUGGUGGUUGUAAAAGAAGUUGUCUGUGUGUGACGGUGAUUUGGGUAGAAGAUGAGAGGGCUGAACAGAGCAAUGUUUCUAAGCAGAGCCAUGAGAAGGAAUUUCACCACCUGCUCCGGUGCUACCGCCACCCUUCACCGAGUGGUUCCCCAUGACACGGUCACCGUGAGAGGCAACAAUCCUUCUGUUACUGGGUUUAGAUACUUUUCUUCUUCUGCCACCUCUCUGGCCCAUGACGCCCAGACCAAGGCUUUCAACCCCAAAGAACUUGUCCUCUUUCAGUACCAGGCCUGUCCAUUCUGCAAUAAGGUUGCAGCGUUUCUGGACUAUUACGAUAUUCCGUUCAAAGUGGUUGAGGUGAAUCCCAUCAACAAGAAGGAAAUCAAGUGGUCCGAUUACAAGAAAGUGCCCAUCCUCACUGUUGACGGUGAACAGAUGGUUGAUUCUUCAGACAUAAUUGAUAAGUUGAUCAAAAGGAUACAUCCAGAUUAUGAUCUACAUGCGGAAGAAGAGAAGAAGUGGCGAGAGUGGGUGGAUAAUCACUUGGUGCAUGUCUUGUCACCAAAUAUAUAUCGAAGUGUUCCUGAAGCUCUUGAAUCAUUUAAUUAUAUCACCACCCAAGGAAAUUUCAGUUUUUCUGAGAGGUUAGUGGCAAAGUAUGGUGGGGCUGCAGCUAUGUAUUUUGUGUCAAAGAAAUUGAAGAAGAGACACAACAUCACUGAUGAGCGAGCAGCACUGUAUGGAGCUGCCGAACAAUGGGUUGAUGCUUUGAACGGCCGUAAAUUUCUUGGUGGGUUGGAUCCUAAUUUAGCAGAUCUUGCUGUGUUUGGUGUUCUGAGACCCAUCGGCCAUCUCCAGUCAGGUAGAGAUAUGGUAGAGCACACCAGGAUUGGGAAAUGGUUUUCUGAAAUGGAUGGUGCAGUAGGACAGUCUUGUAGGGUGAGUGAGCACAGCUAGAAAGGUUAAGCAAUCCCAUACGAAGAAAUGAAUUGAGUUUUAUUUUACUAAGUUUGUUGAGUGUUAGUAAACACGACAAACACUUAUAAUUUAUCCUGUGGAUGCAGUGAUUUGUGAUCACAUACUGUUCUGGUAAAUCUGGGUAUAUAUAUAUACAAUAAAUGUUUAUCUGACGCUGAGACAAGCGCAACAGUAUCUCUUUUUGCUUCAUCUUGUUUAAUCAUGCAAUUAUUGGACUGUAAAAA